CUAGACUACCGGUACCGGCCGGCCAAUUGAAGUCUUAAAUUCCAGUUUAGGUAACAGCACCCCGGAAACAUAUCGGGAGAAAACAGCAAGUCCAGACGCCCUUUUGGCGUUCCCGAGCCGAACCUGUUCCAACAGCCACUUGCUACCAAGAGUCUCCUGUUGAGCCCCACCAUCCAGUCCAGUACUCGAGCACUCUGAUCAAAUCCCACAUCGAGAACGCGUCUCCCGCAAAGGCUUGGCACGCGAGCGACAUCAAGAUAUUCUGCCUUCGGGCUUUCCCAGACUGCGGGCAAUCGGUACACAGGACCCUGCAGCAAGCGGAUUUUUUGCAAUCUCUAUCUAUUCAGGGUUCCUUCCGUGGAGGAGGGAUCCAGUUGCAUUCUUCACUGUACGGGCGGGACAGCGGUCCUACCUGCUCGAAGUACCGGUAUGAUACCUCACGCACGGCGUUAUGCGCGUCCACAUCAAUCACUCGGCAUUCGCGUGCGUCUGCCCGCUAGACCCCUGUCCAUUCCGCCAAAGCCCGCGCCGAGCCCCGGUCCCCCGAGCACACAGGACUCAUCUUUUGUCCCUCGAAGAGAGUUCCCCUAUCCCUCGAGCCUCAUCACGUCAUAUUUUCUCGGUCAUCACCGCGCGGGGCUGGAGAAAAUGAAGCAGCUUGUAUCUUCGGUGGAACUAAUCAUUGAGUGUCGCGAUUACCGAGUCCCGCUAUCGUCCCGCAAUCCAAUGUUCGAGGAAACCUUGCGGGAGAAGGAAAGGUUGAUAGUCUAUACCAAAAGAGACUUGGCGGCUGAGGAGUUGGACCUCAAGGUUCGCAACGAAUUCCCCCCCCCCCCUACCCCUAACGUGAUUCUAUUUUUUUUCCGCUCCCUGCACUUGCCUGCCCCCAGCAUAUGCAUGUCUCGAUUUCUCGGCGCUCCAUUUUCCCGGCCAUUGGGUGGAUUGUUGAUUGGGCCCGAUAACGGGAGAUAUGAUUUACACCAACCCCACCCACCGUGUCUACAUUGCUUCCUCCAUGCACCGCUCCAGUAGAUGCCAUUCAAACUACUAUAAACCAUCCCUAGAGGGCUAGGGUUCGUAAGGCUGACUGCGGCAUUAACACCUAGACACAAGAGACCAUCAGGAAAUGGCACAGACCCCACCAAGUCGUUUUUUCAGAUAGCAAAGAUCGCAAGGACGUUCAGAAGAUCAUUGACUACGCCAGAGGUAGCUCCCCCUCCCUUCCCCCCGGCUCUCUCCCAUGCAAGGGCAAGGGUAAAAUGUACGAGCAGAAGGACACAUCAUGUAGUGAGUGGUAAAGUGAAACAAAAAAGCUCAUGAAGACUAUAGGCACAGCAGCAACAGCUGACAACAUGAUUGGUUCAAGGAUGCUCGUGGUCGGAAUGCCUAAUGUAGGCAAAUCCACCCUGCUGAAUGCCAUGCGUCGAGUGGGCACAGGAAAUACAAAGAAAGCCGCCAUAACAGGUGGUCAGCCUGGAGUAACCAGGAAGAUCUCGAUGGCGGUAAAGAUACUGGAUUAUCCAUUGGUGUAUCUAAUGGACUCACCUGGUCAGUCUCAUUCCCACCCACCCUUUCUUUAUCCUUCGUAUUCUUAUCACUCUCCGAACCUAUGCAGGUGUUUUUGUGCCAUACAUGCCGAAUCCACAGACUAUGCUGUCCCUAGCACUGGUAGGCUGUGUGAAGGACUCCCUCCUGGAUGCAACGACCUUGGCUGAUUACCUCCUAUUCCAUCUCAAUCUCCGAGACCCUUCAUUGUAUUCCGGCUACUCUCCUCCGACAAACGACAUAGUGGAGCUCCUUACCGCAACAGCCAAGGCAACGGGAAGACUUUUGAAGGGGGGAAGUCCCGACUUUGACGCUACGGCAUACUGGCUUGUGCAACGGUAUAGAGCUGGUGUCUUGGGCAAGUUCAUCCUCGAUGACGUUAGUGCGACGGCGUACCAGGCAUGGCUAGAUGCUGAGGAGAAGCAAGGAGAGAGCAGGAAUGCCGCUCGAAAGAGGAUGAAGGAGGAGAGGAGACUUGCAAAGAUAGAAAAGCGGGGAGAUGCUGAGAUAUAGCUAACUAUGAAAUAGAGAUGACAACGAAAAAAUCUCUGGCGUUCUACGAGGAUGAAUUUUUAGUCGUGAAUUCUGACCGCCCAGGCAAUAUCGGCUUUUUCAUACACAAACAAAGACUGCAUCACACUACUAGUAAAGAGCCUGGAGCCUGUCUCGGCGGGGUGCAGAAUGAUUUCCCGCCUCGAUCAAACAUGAAAACAGCUGGGAGCGUAGCAUAAGAAUCCUCAUUCCACUUUUUUUUUUCCCCUUCUCCCAAACUGGACAAGUGUCGUACACCCGAAAACUAAAAGAGACAGCAUCCCCGCAGCGAAAGGGGUUCCGGAUCCCCUAUAACGGAUCCUCCCAGGCGCACCACCCUGAGCCUCCCUAAUUGAUAUAUUCAUUCACGUCAUUAUGCCUCACUCGCUGUAACGGGUCCGCAGUCUUCGGCUUCUCAUUUACCCUUAGCGGUUGCCACAGCUCGCCACUCUUCGUCUUCGUCAAGGCCGGGUCCAGUCGUGGGGGAGGCUUCGGUUGAGCUAUCCAACUUCAAUCAGGCGAGCUUAUCACUCAGCAGAAUUCGCAGAAGAUCAUACCUUGUCGUUUGAAAUAUGCGAACCCCAGACCCUCAAUUCCAGGCCACAUGGGAACAUGCUGGGUUUCAUCGGGCUGUUGAACGGGAAACGAGCAGACAGUAGCAACAGCCACGAGGACCACGCAAAAUAUUAUCUGCCGCAAUGUCAUGCUUGAUCGUUUUCGUUUUCGACCCGGUUGGCUUUCAAGAGAAGGCCUUCAUUGGGAGAGUCAAUGUUUAUAUACUGCAGUUUACUGAGGGGCAAGAUGCUGGGUCAGGAAAAACCGCCAUAUGUGCCGCAAUUAUCCUGAUGUUACCAUGGCGUAGGUAGAAUCGUGGUCGACAGGCUUGAGGGAGCUAUCACACCGUGGGUCAGAGAUGGGUCUAGGAAUGUUUUUAUAGAGCACCACUCGAAAAAAGAAAUGUCGUUCGAUUUUCCAUAGACAGGAGCUGACGGCUUGAUUCCUCCCAAGGGAAUCGCAAAAAAAAACAAUACCCAAGCAUACGAUUAGAAGAACAAUUGUAUGAUAAAAAGAGGCAUGGCAGGAAGUACCCUACCCCAUCAGAUGGGAUUCCGAAAUUCUCAGAGGUAAUCAGCAACCC